GGAAGGUGGGUAAGAGAGAGUUCUAGUAAUCGAGAGGGAGGGAUAGAGGGACUGUCUCGCCUAGCCAGGUUCAACCUGGGGUAGAUCGACAUGGAGAGUGAAAGGGAGGGUGAUGAGAAGGAGAAGGAGACAGGUGCGAACGACAGGGCGAGUGGUGGCGAGGACGCACUCAGUCUGGCUCCAGUUGACAAACCGUGCAGGUCGGACUCAAGUGAAAACAAACACGACGACCAGCUCAAACUCCGGUGGGACAGUACUCACAGCACUACCAAUCCUUCAGGCGCGGUGAGGGGAUUAACAAGCCAUAGCCAUGGCGAUGGUCAUCAGUCUAUUGAGGAUAACGGCCAUAUGAAGAGGCGUAGUUGGAUGGGAAGAAUUUGCCAGUUCCGGAGGGACGGCGUCUUCGUGUACGAGGGCUUGUUUAUCCUGUCGGCCCUGGCAGUGUAUAAAUUUUACACGUGGGAUAUGGUGCUAUCGUGGUGGCCGGGUGUGUACAGGUCAGCCGUCGCCUCCCGGCGGCCACCGCCGACCUUUGUCCCCUGCGACGUGGAUUGGCUAGCUUUCCGUUUGCACUAUCCCAAUCCCGAUCCCGACUACACGUGGAAUCACACGACUGGACUUCCGUCCGCAUGUUCCGCUGAGAGUCGCGCACGGCAUGACGAGGAUGAUCUUCCGUCGGGGUCCCGAUUCUUCCUAGGCAAGUUCUUUCUCAGAACAGCCCGACGGUCGACGCAAGGUCGCGAUAGCGACGUGGAGAGUGGUGGCGGAGAUAGCGAGCACGUGGCGAGCGGGUCCUUCCCUCCGGCGGAGCAGCAGCAACAGGUGCCGCAGCCGGGGAAGGAAGGGGAAGGGGAGGUGGUUCAGGAUGUCCAGGUCCCUCACGUCGACAGUUUCUUGAUCACGAAGGAGCUCCUCUCGAGAAUGGUCAGUAACGGUAGCAUCAUCGUCUUGACCCUCGGGAACUCUGCGUGGGAGGAUUUCAUCUUCAAUUGGGUGAUCUCUGCCAACCGGGCGGGCAUGGGUAAUUACUUGGUGGUGGCGAUGGACGAGCCUCUGCUGAGGACGCUUCACGGGCGAGGGAUUCCGGUUGCCAAGUCGAGACUGGGGUUUUUCGGCCCCGAUGCGGCUGCAUGGGGAUCCCCACAGUUCAAGGAGAUGCAGAAGUUCAAGCCAGCCUUGAUCAUCGACGUGUUGGAAGCCGGAUUCGAUGUCCUGAUGGCCGAUGUGGACCAGAUAUGGUUCAGAAACCCCUUCCCCUACUUCCUCUCCCAUCCGGAGCCCGACAUUCUGUGCUCCACCGACUGCCCCGUUGCUUUGCUCGAUUACGGUUUCCUGCAGAAGACGGGUUGGCUGGAUGCCGUUGAUCCUGGCCCUUGGCCGCCGUGCGACGGGGAGAGGUACCACCUGAACGUGGGUCUCAUGUUAGUCAGGCGACGGGAGGCUUCACUCCGGCUGCUCCGUGAGUGGGCCUCCAGACUGUCUGGUGCCAAUAGCGAAGCGUGGGAUCAGCAGGUGUUCAACGACAUGUUGAAAGUGAUUCUCCCAUCUGCUACCUCGAAAUUGGUCCUCCCUUCAGGCAUCUACUAUCAUCUUUUCGACGGCCUGCUACUGCUUGGUGCACUCCCUCAGGGUCUCUUCGUCAACGGCUUAUCCUUCUUCUACAGCGGGCUUCCUCUCCCUUCGCCGGUUCCCCCGUCUGGCUCCAGCUCAGUAGAACCUGGUCUACUUGGGAGAGCUCCUCCUCCUCUUCUUGCCCCUGGAGGACGAACCUCAGGGUUGGAACCAGGACCCGAUGCAGCAUCAGCAUCCGGUAACGGUUCCGUUACCGUAACUGAUGCUAACGGAACAGCAGCGGAUGCAGAAGUAGUUGGCCCCGGCAACAACAUAGACGAGGCCUUUAGCCACCGUUUUCCCACGCCGUAUGUGAUGCAUGCGACCUACACAGUGGGCGGACACAGUGUUAAGAGGAUGCGGCUGAGGGACUGCGCUCUCUGGGACAUGGACCCUCCUUCAUAUCUGUUUCCAUCGGAGAGGGGUUUCUUGCGCUACCAACAGGUGAUUCCAGACGAACGGCUGGACGAAGCAGCCAGCGAUCCCGAGAGGAACCUCAGCUUGCGAAGGCUGCAGCUGGGAUGGCUGCGGGACGCUCUCGCCAUCGCCUUCGUGCUGGACAGGAUCCUCAUCAUGCCCACUCUGUUCGGUGAUUGGCCGCUGUGUUGCGGAGUGGACAUGAGGCAGGGAAAAGUGGCGGGGGUUCGACCUCGGGGCUGGACUGAUUACGUGUUAAACAUAGGGGCAAUGGACGAAAAUGGAGAUGGAGAGUUGAUCCGAGGCAGUGAUUUCUUGAGCAGUCGCUGGAUUAGUCAAGAUAUACGGCGAUCUAGGCUGAGCGUUGCAGUCCUGGAAGAAGAAGAAUUGGCAUCACUUUCUCCUCCUCUGACGCAUUCCACUCCCAGAGUGGGAAGGCCGGGCAACGGGACGGAAAAGGAAGGUAAGGAGAAGGUCAUGGACAGUGAUCCUGACGGCGCUGACAUAACAGUCUCACGGCCGUUUGAUAGAAAGCUUCUGGAGGUCGCGGGGACGAYGAAUCUCACUGGUGAGCUGUCUGAUGACUCCCUUUACUGUGUCAAUGGCAGUCYCUUGGCGUCGGAGGUUGGGAUGGAGAAGGCGACACGCGUAAAGAUUACACGUAAUAUGACGGACGUCCAGGUGGCGUCUUGUUUUGGACCGUUUGGCCAUGUCAAACUACUAGAGUUUUCGACCAUGGAUGAGGUGUUUGGAGGAUUUGUCAAUGUCUCGGACAGAGAUCUUUUCGUGAGUAAAUGGGGAAAAUAUGCGAGAGGAUUCCCAGACGAUAACGUGGGACUUCUCGACUCGUUCCUUGGUUAGAGAAAUGGGAGGCCACGUGGCGCAAACCCAAACGCUCUACAGUUCCUGUGCUUCGUCCAGCACUUGGCGU